AUGGCCGUCGAGGAGUUGCUGGAUAAACUCCCUGAAUGCGACCAUGUGACCAUAUCGCAGCACUGGCUACCCGCGAUGCGCAGUCAUUUACAGAAGAUGACGACUCUCCUCCACCAGGCUGGCAACUUGAAGCUCGAGUCAAGCGUCAACCAAGUAACCUUGAACAGUGUAAGAAAUGCGAUCUUUGGGAACCCUCCUCAGUCUAACACUCCUCAGGCACUCAAGUCCUUCUCCGAUCAAAUGCGGUUGAUCACUGCCGAUUAUCGCAAGAUUGUCGAGUCCGCGGAGUCGCUUGCUGAGCGUGAUACCAAGGUCUCUCAUGAACAACUGAAUGAACUCGAAGGACAGGUAGAAGACGCUUUGGCGAAGAUGGUGGUGAAAGACAAGGAAAUUGAAGCUAAAGACAGAAGAAUCUCGGAACUUCGAAAUACGGUCCACGCAGUCGCACACCUUCUGGGUACAUUCAUUCAGAAACACUUCCCCAGUUGGGCCGAUUCUAUCCGUGAGCCUAGGACCCAACAGGUUCUCCAACUAAUAGCUGAAUACACUGGCAAGGAGGCUCACGGGCUAACCAGUUACGUUCGCGUCGCGGAGGACACCCUCGACAAAUAUGAAGCAGACCUACGGGACGCGCGCAACCUGGUUGGCGAUUAUCGCAAGGUAUUGCAUGGCCAGGGAGCGAUGAUCAAAGAUCAGUCCAAAAACCUCGACGCGUACGUGGACAGGUACGAGAAAGCCCUCAAACUCGUGCGGGAAAAAGAUCACGAACUAUUGCUUCUGGUACAACAAAACGAUGAUCUGAGCAACGAAGUACAGGAGUGUCGUGCCGCAUUAGCCGAGAGUCGAGAGACGCAAAUGGACUCGGAAAUGAUGUUCCGAAGGUACGAAGAGCUGCGAGGGAACAUGGAAAGCUUGCAGACGGCCCAUGCACUGGAAAUCGACCAACGCGACGCUGAGAUUGCGAACCUUCGUCAGAAGCUUGGUAGUGCCCGCGAGGAAGUUUUCGCACGACGGGAGGAUGUCAAGAACGUCAUGUCCCAGGCUCAAGCAAUGCUCCAGACCUCUUUGGACUCCGCUCCUGUGGCUGCUAGGAACAGCAACACCUCCAAAGCCUUGAGAUUCUUCGGAAUGGAGAGAGACAAGGAAAAAUAUAAGAAAGGAACCCUUAUCACGAGCUACAGCAUGAUUGGUUUUCCACCAUCCGAUCCUAGGUACUCAUCUAAGGAGGUGUCGUUCGCCGUCGACCGGGACGGUCUUCGCCACAGACCUUCUCUACAGACACAUACAAAUCCACGAGCGCAGACGACCCCAAACACACCCAUUGAUAGCUCCCAAGCCUCCAGCGAGUCCGUCGCGACGGCGCCAACAAUCAGACCGCGAUCCGACUCGAUCGGCGCAACACAAAGUCACAGGGUUAAUAUUGCAUCUUCCGUCGACAAGGACAAGUCUCUCCCUGAGCCGCCUGCAUACCCGAGGCCACUUCCCCCAGCAGCUCGAGUUGCGGAAAUUCCUCAGUCAGUCGAGAGCCCUCUCGCGGCGCAGAUUACCUCGGACUACUUCAAGAAUGGCAUCAUGGGUCAAACCGCUGCACGACGUGUGCUAAGUAAAAUCACCGAGGUUUCCGACCUCCCCUCAUCACCUCCAGAGGGUGAUCUUCGGACAGAGCGAGUCACAGAUGAAAACACAUCGGAUCACAGCAUCGCCAGCAGCGAUCGUGAAGUCUACCGCAAGAGCAUUUGUGCGUUGGAUAUGUUGAAUUCAUCGAGUGGGCUGCCGUACAGCGAGACGGAAACCGACAUUGAACGAAUCAUCCGUGAUGAAGGGCGGAGAAGUCCAUCGAAACCGAACUAUUUUCAGCCCUACCAAGCCUACCAGGCCCACGAAGCCAACGACAACAAGGAAAACGAACGGGAACAAGACGAGUACGACAAAGGAGAUAUUCACACCGGUGUGGCACGUGUCCUUCACCUUCGACCCGGCACUCGAGAUCUCAGAGGGGCAGGCGCCAUACCAAGGGAAUCAGAACAUCAUGGUUAUGAGAGCGAUUCCGCAAGGGAAGAAAGACGAGACAGACUCAGAGAGAGCAUGGUGAGCAAUGAAUCGGGGUAUCGCACUGAAGACUCGGAACCAAAGACCGUGGCCCAGUUGUAUCAUCAGGGAAGACGGCAUAUUCGUGGUUGA